AUGGCGUGAUGCGUACCAUGAACACAGAGAAGUUGAUCAAGACACUGCCCAUCAUUCAGAACCAGCUGGACGCCCUGCUGGAUUUUCAGGCCAAUCCCAAUGAGCUGACCAACGGAGUGAUCAACUCGGCCUUCAUGCUGCUCUUCAAAGACUCCAUAAGGCUCUUUGCUGCUUACAAUGAAGGAGUCAUCAACCUGUUGGAAAAAUACUUCGACAUGAAGAAAAACCAGUGUAAAGAUGCGUUGGACAUCUACAAGAAGUUUCUUUACAGGAUGACGAAGCUGUCGGAGUUCCUCAAAGUGGCCGAGCAAGUUGGAAUAGAUCAGGGUGACAUCCCUGAUCUCUCACAGGCUCCCAGCAGCCUCCUGGAGGCUUUGGAGCAGCACCUGGCCUCUUUGGAGGGCAAGAAGACAAAGGAAUUGAAUGCAGACACUAGAGCGUCUACCUUAUCGAGCGCCGUCUCGACUCUGUCCUCCACCGGCAUGUCCUUCAGUCGUAUGGAUGAGAAGGAGAAGCAGCAAGCUCUGGAGGAGGAGCAGGCCAGGCUGCAGUCUCUUAAGGAUCAGCGCCUGAAGGAGAUCAACAUGCAGACUCCCCCGUCUGCCUCCCCCAGCAGCCAGUCAAUAAGCAGCGCCAACAACAACAACCACAUCACACAAACCCCGGAGUUGUUCAGCUCGGCACUGACUGCUAACAGCGUGCCCAACCUCAACAGUGACCUGUUUGAUCUCCAGCCGGCCUUCAUUCCUGCUGUGCAGAGCACUUCUUCAAUCUCCAACGCCAACAGUGCCUGGGGAGGUUUUGAUGCUCUGGGAGAGCUGUUGAAGCCUACACUUCCUGCCCACACCGCCCCACCUUCUGCUGCUGCUCCUCAGAUGACCAUCCAUCCUGGAGGGAAGCUGCUUGCCAACGAUCUCGACUCGUCUCUGGCCAACCUCGUGGGCAAUCUGCAGUUUGGAACCUCAGCCAAGAAGCCUGAGAUGCAGUGGAGUCAACCUGGAGAGAAGAAGCUAACUGGUGGCCAUAACUGGCAAAAUAAGACCAUGUCGGCCACACAGUGGAGCCCGGCGCCUAUGGCCCCACAGCCCAUCCCUGUACCACAUGUGGCUCCAGCUCCUAUGGCUUUCCCCAUGACCACACCACAAGUGCCUGUGUAUGGAAUGGUUCCUCCUCAGAUGGGUCAGAUGGGUGGGGUAGCGGUGAUGGCUCCUCAGCCGAUGAUGUACAACCAGCCUGUUGUCAGACCCACCAACCCCUUCGCACCCAUGCCAGGAGCCCAGAUGCAGUUCAUGUAAACCAGUCAGGGGGAAGCUGAGUGCCAAAAGCAACAAA